UCUUGGGCCUGCCUUCCGGUCUGGGCCUGCUCAUUGGGGAGGAAGAUGGCGAAGACGUACGACUACCUGUUCAAGCUGCUGCUGAUCGGGGACUCGGGCGUGGGCAAAACCUGCCUCCUCUUCCGCUUCAGCGAGGACGCCUUCAACACCACCUUCAUCUCCACCAUCGGAAUCGAUUUCAAAAUCCGAACAAUAGAGCUAGACGGGAAGAAGAUCAAGCUACAGAUAUGGGACACUGCAGGCCAGGAAAGGUUUCGCACCAUCACGACCGCCUACUACAGAGGAGCCAUGGGAAUAAUGCUGGUCUACGACAUCACCAACGAAAAGUCUUUCGACAACAUUAAGAACUGGAUACGGAACAUCGAAGAGCACGCGUCUUCGGACGUAGAAAGGAUGAUCCUCGGCAACAAAUGCGACAUGAACGAGAAGAGGCAAGUUUCGAAAGAAAAAGGGGAGAAGUUAGCAAUCGACUACGGCAUCAAGUUCCUGGAGACCAGCGCAAAGUCGAGCAUCAAUGUGGAAGAGGCGUUCUUCACUCUCGCACGGGACAUUAUGACAAAACUCAACAGAAAAAUGAACGACAACAGUCCGGCGGGCGCCAGCGGUCCGGUGAAAAUCACAGAAAACAGAUCAAAGAAGAGCAGCUUCUUUCGGUGCACGCUGCUUUGAUGAACUCCUAAUCCUAUCAUAGACUGCCGCAUACCUAGAACGAAGGAACGAAAGAACGAACAAACAGAAAACCCACCCCAACCACCCUUUUCUGCUUCCCAGCGCCUGCUGCUGAGAGCUCUGUGGGAGACGUAGAGCGCGCUAAGGCCCAGGGCAUGGAUUUGAGUCGGGACGCGGCCGUGAAGCCUUCCUUCCUCUCAAAGCUGCGCAGUCGAGGGAGAGAAAGAGAGCGACGCACACCUUCUUCCUUCUUGUCCUCUUCCUUCACCAUCCCCACUUGGUUUCACUGCCUGCUUCCAAAGCUGCUCAGUUGUCUUGUUUUGUCUCCUUUGCACACCUUCUGUUGCCUCCACAGUCUUAACACUGGGUGUGUGUGUGUGUGUGUGUGUUGCACAGCUUUUUUUUUUUCCUCCUUGGGAGUUUGGUAACCGAUCCACGGUUUGUGUUCUUUUCCAGCCGUAAAAGGAUCAGGACGGAUCUCUCUCCCGCCUUUCUUGGGCCUCCUCGAUGCUCCCGCCAUUGUUGUUGUUGUUGUUGCCGCCACCACAACGGGGCCCAGAGGGAUUCCAGCCGAUGCGCACUUCCUAUAUUAUUACAGCCACACCGUUCUCUUCUUACACACCGUUUACGUUAGCCAGAAUUUGAAUGACAACUGGGCGCAUUCUAUACAACUGGGCUCAGUCUAUAGCAUAUUUCAGUGAGAUUGAUAUAGAAUUGGGCUCAUUCUAUAGGUGAAGGUUAUAUAGAACUGGGCUCAGUCUAUAACAUAUUUCAGUGAGAUUGAUAUAGAACUGGGCUCAUUCUAUAGGUGAGGGUUAUAUAGAACUGGGCUCAGUCUAUAACAUAUUUCAGUGAGAUUGAUAUAGAAUUGGGCUCAUUCUAUAGGUGAGGGUUAUAUAGAACUGGGCUCAGUCUAUAACAUAUUUCAGUGAGAUUGAUAUAGAACUGGGCUCAUUCUAUAGGUGAGGGUUAUAUAGAAUUGGGCUCAUUGUAUAGGCGAGAUUUAAGUGAGGUUUAUAUAGAACCGGGCUCAAUCUGUAAGUGAGGUUUGUAUAGAACUGGGCUCAGUCUGUAAGAUAUUUCAGUGAGAUUAGUAUAGAACUGGGCUCAUUGUAUAGGUGAUAUUUAAGUGAGGUUUAUAUAGAACCGGACUCAAUCUGUAAGCGAAGUUUGUAUAGAACUGGGCUCAGACUAUAACAUAUUUCAGUGAGAUUGAUAUAGAACUGGGCUCAUUUUAUAGGUGAGGGUUAUAUAGAAUUGGGCUCAUUCUAUAGGUGAGGUUUAUAUAGAACUGGGCUCAGUCUAUAACAUAUUUCAGUGAGAUUGUUGCUCAUUCUAUAGGUGAGGUUUAUAUAGACCUAGGCUCAGUCUAACAUAUUUCAGUGAGAUUGAUAUAGAACUGGGCUCAUUCUAUAGGUGAGGGUUAUAUAGAACUGGGCUCAGUCUAUAAUAUAUUUCACUUAGAUUGGUGCUCAUUCUAUAGGUGAGGUUUAUAUAGACCUGGGCUCAGUCUAUAACAUAUUUCAGUGAGAUUGAUAUAGAACUGGGCUCAUUCUAUCGGUGAGGUUUAUAUAGAAUUGGGCUCAUUCUAUAGGUGAGGUUUAUAUAGAACUGGGCUCAGUCUAGAACAUAUUUCACUGAGAUUGGUGCUCAUUCUAUAGGUGAGGUUUAUAUAGAAUUGGGCUCAGUCUAUAGCAUAUUUUGGUGAGAUUGAGUUCAAACUGGGCUCAUUCUAUAGGUGAGAUUUAAAUGACACUUAUAUUGGACUGGGCUCAGUCUAUAGCAUAUUUCAGUGAAAUUUCUAUAGAACUGGGCCCAUUCUAUAGGUGAGAUUUAAAUGAGGUUUAUAUUGAACUGGGCUGAGUCUAUAGCAUAUUUCAGUGAGAUUUCUAUAGAAUUGGGCUCAUUCUAUAGGUGAGUUUUAAAUGAGGUUUAUAUUGAACUGGGCUCAGUCUAUAGCAUAUUUCAGUGAGAUUUCUAUAGAACUAGGCUUAACUUGGAAGUGAGAUUUCUAUAGAAGGUUGCUCAUUCUAUAAGUGGGGUCUAUAUAGAACCAGGCUCAAUCUGUAGGUGAGAUUGUUAGAGAAUUGUGCUCAGUCUAUAACUAAGAUUUCAGUGAGAUUGACCUAGAACUGGGCCCAGUCUAUAAGAAAUUUAUAUACAACUAGAAUCAUCCUAUAAGUGACGUUUAUAUAGAAUUGGGUUCAACCUGUAAGUGAGGCUGAUAUAGAACUAGGCUCAUCCUAUAUGCGAAUUGUGCUCAGUCUGUGAGAUUGACAUCGAACUGGGUUCCUUCUAUAAGCAAGGUUAUCCAUAGCGCAGCAUAUGCCUCCUGUGUCAGCAAGACGUAUACGGAGCGGCCCAGUCUUGGGGGCUCGGUGUCGGCGACCUCCACGCUUCCCGUUAGUUUUGGUCGGGCUCAAAACGCUCUCCUCCAUUGGCAUCGAAACAACAUUUUUCUUCCUGAAAGUGGAGCGUCGCUUUCCCCUUCCUUCCAUCCCUGUCUCACCUAUGACUUUUCCCUUUAAUUCCUACCAAACCCCGAGUUGUUUGCUCAGAGUCUCAAAUAACGGCCUCCUGGUCCUGGCGAAUAUUGAUAGAGGAGGCUCGCUUUGGUCCCUGCAGAUAUGUGUGAGCUCGUUCUGCAGGCGAGGCCUUAGAGGGAGUGAAUUCAGAUCCGAUCAGACUUGCGGGGAGAGAGCUGCCUUUCUUGCUCGUCUCCGAUUCUCCAUAAAAGGAGGGGUAUUAAAACGGGUGCUUUAACUUGACUGAUGUGCCAAACAACGGACUCUCUGCAAAAAAAAAGCAAACCUUUAGGGACCACUUUAUAUCCACAACUAAGGGUCACUUAACGGGUGAAAUAUUGGUCUUGGCUGUGUCUCUCACAUUGGAAAUCAAAACAAAGUCGUUUGGGUCUCUUUUAGGUUGUUUCCCUCCAAACUAGAGAAGGAAAAAAGAGUAUUGGAGAGCAUUAAAGCGGCAAAAUUCUUGACCCUAGGUUGAACUUCAAUGUCCGAACACAAGUGCUUUCUUCUUCCGCCGAUGAAUGUCCCUCCUUCCGCUUUAAUCACCUCCGACUUGGGAUUGUAUUCUUAUGUUGUGCUUUCUCUCUUUGGUCCCUUCUACGCCUCUUUGGGGUUUUUUUUUCUUUCUGUUUUUUUGUUUGUUUGUUUUGCUCUGUUUUUCUUCCAUUUCCUGUGUGCGGAGGCUUCGUCUCUAUGAACUUCUUCCCUCCCUUUGAGAGAGAAAGAGAGAAAAGCUCUGGCCGGAAACGGGUCUCACAAAGCGCUUCGUGAAGCAGCAGCGGGAAAUCGGGGCGGGAUAUUUACUCGUGGUUUUAUUCAAAAGAGAGAAGAAACUUUGCUAUUUUCUUACUUCUACCUGUGCUAUAAAAAUAAAUAAAUAAAAUUGUACAUACUUUUUUUUUUUUUGAGUUAGGACCACAGGGGGAAAAAAAUCACUUUUUAAGGUUGCUGAAAGGAUGCCACUCGCACACAACUAAGAGUUCAUUUCAUGUUUGUUAAUGGGGUUUUUUCCACCCCGCGAUUGUCUGUUCCUUGCUGAAAUUUCAUAAAUAUCUGUUUCCAAAAAGACGUGUUUGUUUUUAGCCCGCGGCUUAGCAGGAUCCAAAGCCAGAUGUUUGGAGAUUUGUUGGUUUUAGACCAGGCGCAGGCAAACUUGGGCCUUUCCGGGUGUUUUGGACUCCAAUUCCCACAAUUCCUAACAGCUUCAGGCCACUUCCUUUUCCUUUAAUUUAUAUUUUUUUUCAAUUCAAUUUCUAUUUUAAAUGUUUCUUAUGGAACGAUAAAUCUUUUUGGUGGUACACCUUUAUUAGCCCUUUCUGACUUUCUAACUAUUUCACUUCCACCAACUCUUAAAAUAAAAUAAAAUAAAAUUUUCAUUGUUUUUAUUA